CAGUAGGUUGGGCUUGGUGUCUUAAAUCCCAAGUCACGUUCAGCCUGGCGCCCACACACACAGUCGCAUCCACACCCUCCCCUGUCUUUUCUAUCUUGCAUCAACUCUCAAGUGUAGACCGGACAUAGCAGAAAAUAGCGGCCACCAUUACCGCCAACUUUCUGUAUCUAUAGCCAAGCCCAAUUCCAGCUUGCAUACAACUACAUAGGGACCAGUGACCACGGCCUCCACGUUUGGUCUGAAAUACAUUAUGUCAGGUGGGCGAGAGACGAUAAGAGUUGUACAUCUGACUUGACGGCUAUGGCUAGUAUUUUUAGCCUAUUCCUGGAAGUAUAAAUUAGGGGACCAUGGUGCCUUAGCCUCCGGUCAAGGAUUGUUGAUCUCAUCUUGCAGCUGUGUUAGAAAGGACCUUACUCUUUGAACUGGCCUUUCCAGUCAUCAACAACAUCUGGGACUUGAUCGUACGGAGACGGACUUUGAAGGAGUAAGCACAGCCAGCCAUAGGGGACGAAGAGAAGGACGAGCGAGAGUCGAUAUCAAGAGCAAGGCUAAGAACAGAACAAGAAGAGAAAUCCACUUGAUCAUUCGAAACGCAGCUAUCCGUUGAGUCUAUUUGAUCAGCGUCCAUACCUACCACGUUCGUGAGAGUUACCACCACGAGAGACGGGAGACCCUUACAUUGGUGCUUGGGCUUGUUCGUAUCGGAUCUUUAUCGACUACUACUAACUCACUUACACCUAACAACCACCCCCCCUUUGGAUCGUCAGCCACGGCUGAGUGUGGUCUUGCACUGGACCCUUGACCGACUUUAUUGUCAUAUUGUACUUACACUUACGCCACCCUCUCUCCUAAGCCAUCACCUGUCCUCCAGCUCUAGGACCCUCCAGCCUAUAUUGGAGGCGCCAUAAAUACAAUAAACGUCAGACCGCUUGCUCUUAACGUCACCGUCAAUCGAGAACGCUCAUCUUGGCCCAAGCUGGUCUUUUAUGCACGGUAUCCGAUCCUGCCGCCGUGUUUGCGCCAUCCGCCAACUUUAGUAUUUCACACUUGUCUGGACAAUAACAGAUCUCGAAGUCUCGCUUACUUUGUCUGUGCGUUCGAAUAAAUUAGAACGCAUCUGGAGACAAAUAGCAAGGCCUUUUUAACCUUCAAUACUUCAAUCGUGAGAGUUGCGACUGCGAGUCUUGCUCCUUAUCCUCAAACUUGAGCUUCAGCGCGGCCUCACCUCAUCCCGAGGACGGAUCUUAACAUCUAUCACAUCACCAUACAUUACGGACCUGAACCCUGCAUUUCGGCGCCCCGCUGCUACUCACAUCCACAUCCUUCCAUUCCCCGAUUUGGACAACCUCCUCGACCACAGCUCAAGCAACACUUCGAAUACAAUUCGGGUACUUUAUCCUGCUUCGUCCGCUCGACUCGACUUACCAUAGCCUUACCUCUCAAGAUAUUAUUGCAUCGCCUGCUCUAAGCCGUAUUAUCCGCCUCGGCUAUCGUACCGCAUCGCAUCCAUAUAAGUCGACUGUGCAAGCUCAACAACACGGCUGCUUCCAUGCCUUCUGCGCAUUUUGGUGCCUUAACUAUACUUGUGUCGUUGUCAUAAUUAUGACCCACGGUCUUGCCCGUUUGUUUCAUUUCUCAUCUGAAUAUCUUGUUUCCCUCCCUAUAUCCCGUCUCGACUGAGGUGCGCCGAGCUACGAGGUACAAGUGACAUACCGAAACCGUGGCCCCCCCUCUUCUGAUUCGGGUGCCACACACACAUCACAUUUCGCGCUCUCAUCGCCCAAAACCAAGACCUCCAUCAUCCUUCUUCCUCUAGCUGCGACUCAGACAUCCGUAUUCCAGAACUACAUUGCUGACUGGUCAUCUCACCAUUCCAAGAACAGCCACUAAAACCCUGAAUCUGAAUAAACGCUCUUCACCGCCUAGCUCGACUGGGUUUAUCCUUAUCCCUUCCAAGUCUGCAGCUUCAUUUACGACUCAGACUCAGACAAAGAACCCCUCAACUGCUUCUCCGACCGCCGUGCCCCCCGCCCCGACCAUCUCACAGGACAGCAUCUCCAGACUGCUACUAAUAACACUGGACUGGGGCUAGCACUGUACGUGCCAGACGAUAAACUGGACCUUUUCGCCCGUGCGUUACAAAGUACUCCAGCCCAAGUGGCCAAACCCACUCUCUGCUCUUUUGGCUUGCGGAGUACCUGUACCCCCAGGGAGCGCCCCCAGCGCUUUAACCCCUUGUAGGUACCUGGCCCUGACCAUAGUGAACGGACGCCUGGAGGUCCUGCACUCAGUGCCCACCAUUUCAACCCCCCUCCAACCCCGAACGUCUCCCUCCGACCCUCCGACUCACGACAUUCAUCUUUCCCACAAUACCUUAUCUGGCUCCAACUCCAUCCGGGAUACUUUCCGUUGCGGCGCUUGAAUCAUCACUCACCUGGCACUCGCUAUUCAUUUAUGGACUGCAGAUAGCGCACACUCUAUAUUCCCCGAAUUCAACUGCAACACUCUCUGUUUGGUGAGUCAAAGGAAUCCAAACCUCAACCCCCGGCCAUCCGCCCGCCACUUCCCUCCUUGCUGUAACCUCCGCGGCGGUGGGCACCCCAUAUAUGGAUGCCCGCUUCCCAUCGCCGAGCCGGUCUUCUUGACUUUGCAUUUCCCCCGCUUUGUGUUCGGCGCUGUCCUGACUUUGCUGACUCGAUCCCUUAACAGGCCAGUUCAAGCUUGAUCUUCGUAACUCAAACGUACCAUCAACCUUAGCCGAACUGGUGAACGCCCACAAUAUUCCGCCCACAUCCCCCCUCUAGCUAGGGCAACAACAUCCGACUCUUCAACCACGAUACAAUAACCUAACCUCUAUCAUCCCCGUCAUAAUGGCCCAGCACGGCUUCAACCAAUUUGGCAACGGCCACAGCGGGGCGAGUAUCGAUCCCAACGAUCUCGCCAUGUCAGGUGGUUAUUCUCCUUCAUUCAACAACUUCAACUCGAACUCUGGAAACGGCACAAACGGAUUCACAAACAGUUCCGCUAUGUUCGAUGAUGAUGAGCUUUUGGAUGGUCUGAAUGCACCUCCUGUUACCCAGUCCGGAAUCUCGGGUCAAGGCCAGGACUUUUCAGGAUUAAGUAUGGGCGGCUUCUCUCAGAAUGCAUUCCCUCAUCGUAACUCGGGUCUGCAAAUCGACCAGUCACAUAUGAACGGGUACUCGAGUACCCCCGAUGGAGAUCCCAUUCAAAGUCCCUUCAAUACUGGUUUCAAUACCCAGUACCGACAAAUGCAAGGCCACUCACUCGGAACCUCUUUACAUUCCCCCUUGUCCUACAACGAAUCUCCAUUAGCCGGUGCCAUGAAUGCCGAUAGCAACGACCCGAACUUCCUCAACGCUAAAGCCAGAGCCAGAAUGUCCCAGCAGAUGCAGCGGAAGACAUCCAAUAGUCGUAGCCCUAUGUCACCCAUGACUCCCAAAACCGCUACCCUUCAUGGAAUGACAAUUGGAUCGCAGGAGUCUCCCGGUUUCGGCGGUCAAGCCAUGAAGUCAGCCAAUGGCCAGUGGCUCAACACCCCUGCUGGAAGCAUCCCCGCAUCUUACAAUUCUGGGUACUCCUCUCCUAUGCAGCCUGGCAUGAAUCAAAUCAGUGAGGUUAUGAUGAAGGGUGGUACUUCGAUGCCUGCGAAGCUUGGUGUCGCUUCAAACGCCGUUUCCUCUCAGGAAAUGAAGAGGAAACGGCGGCGAGAGUCUCACAACCUUGUUGAACGUCGUCGACGAGACAACAUCAACGAAAGGAUUCAGGAUCUUAGCCGACUCGUCCCCACUCACCGUCUGGAGGAUGAGAAGAUCCGAAAGCUUAUCCAGAACGGGACACCUCUCUCUCCAUCAUUGACUGGAAUCGCGAGCCCUCAAGCAACGUCUGGCCUCGCCGGACCAGGAGCUCGAAGAGCCACUGGAAACACUGCAGGUAAUAUUACGACAGGUCUCCCUAUCGAGGACAAGGACAAGGGUCCCAACAAGGGCGAUAUUCUCAACGGCGCCGUCAGUUGGACGCGAGAUCUCAUGUGGAUGCUCCACCUUAAACUUCAACAGCAGGAGGAGAUGAUGAACACUAUCGCUGAACUGGGUGGGCACUUCCCCUUUGAGAUGACAGAAGAUGAGCGACGGAUGCAGACCGAGCUCAUGGAUGCUAUAACAAAGAGUGAGAACGGUACUUUCUCUUACUCGCGAACAGCUGGAUCUGGUCUGCGAGUUCCUCACCACACCGAUUAUCGGGGCGACUCUUUGUCAGGCGGAGGAGGCAGCCUCGAUCCUGUUGCCAUCAGCCCGGAUGACAACCUCGACUUGAAUGACACCAACCAAUUUUGGCAUGAUCCGGAUGACAACAACAGUGGCCACGCUUCAGUCAAUUUCAAAGAAGAGGAUGAAUAUGACAUGGAUCUUACGCAGUAACGUGAGCAUUUUUCUAACCCACCUUAUUCGGUCUUUUGGAGCAUGUCUCUUCGAGCGCAGACCAGAACUACAUUCGCUGGGUGUCCUCUUUUGCUUCCUUCAGGUGUUGGCGUUUCCGGUAUGUGGUACUGGCAUCAUUCCCAUCAUUGCAUGUCACUAUCCUCCUUGACCGAGCAUUACAAUGCAGGGCAGUUCAAGGGGCGUGAUCUCUCGGUGUUUUGGCAUUCUCUCGGUGUUGUCUUUUUUCGUUUCGUUUUGGGGUGCAGAAGGCUUGUGCCUAACCGCAUUAUAUAGGAUUACAGGGGCAUGUCCGAAAUACUUCCUUGUGCUGAAGGUGUUAACACUUGUUGGGUUUGCUUCUUAUUUUUCUCCUUUCGAAGGUGGGCUGGUUGUUGGUGUUGAUUUUCUUCUUUUUUUCAUGUUACGAUACCUUGGGUCAAUUUAUGCAUUAAGUCUAGGAGGCAGUUAAUGAAUGGAUGCAAGGUCAAAUCUCGAAUGUCUCUGGUUUAGGAAACUUCACUUCUCUCCACUCCUACUUUUCCUCUUGCAGUCUAAUACGCACGGUGCUCUUUUUGCCCAAGUUUUGGUAACAAGGCGAAUGGAAGUUAGAUCCUUUACUGGGCUGGAGGAGUGCUCUAACUUAUUGUGCGUGCUGCAGUUUUGCAGCUGUUUCGUUGCUUUUUAUUGCCUAGAUACCACAUGCGAGAUACUUAUCAUUAUAAAUGUUUCUAUCCAUGACCACAUCUCAACAUCUAUACACGAAAGUCUGGUAGCCUGCCACGGGAAACUUAGCCAGCUGGGUCACCAAUGACGGGUGCAGAGCAAAUACUCGCCCAUAGCUGUUAGUGUGUUCCAUACCAACUUCCGCUUCAUAUCCUCUUGUAAAGCGAUGCGUUCCAAGGCACACCGGCCAUCAAAAUACUUGCACAUAACCUGCCAACUGUUUGCUAAUUUUUCGUCGCUGAAACGACGAGCGAUGGCCGACAGGUAGCGUGAUUCCUUGCCGGUGGCCUUUUUGGCAUCGAGGAUGAUGUGAGGUGUCAAGCCUUGGAGAUGCGGGUGGUCGUUUACAGAGGGGUGUGCCGUUGCGACUGGGACAGGCUUACGGGCAUGUGCUGUCGCCUUUUCAGCGGCGUCGCGCUGGGCUUUGGAGGCAAUCCGCUCGAGACGGGCUUUCUCUGCGGCCUGCUCGGCAACGGUGGGAACAUGAGAGCCGUCAGUGCCGGAGUGACCUUCGGAAGACUCGGAGGUGCGUGGGGCCGAGGUAAACGUAGAGGUAUCGUCUUUGGCCUCCUUUUCUUUGCUUUUAUUCGCAUCUGUAUCCGCCGCGGCACGGAGCUCCUCAGCUUCCAUCUCGUACUCGACCUCGUACAUGAUUUCAGGCCAGACGACGACGUAGGCAAAUGUACAGAGUUGGGUCACCCAACCGCGACGCAUGAGCCAGGAAAGCAUAAGAAGAUAGGUCGGGCGGUGGGCUUUGCUAGGCGAAAACUGCUUGUAUGGACGGGGUGCUUGAGAGAGCUCAGCGAGAAAAUUCGGGAGCGGUGGAGCUAGGGGGAAUGCUCUCUGCCAUUCUAAAGUGUCGAGAGGAAGACGGGAUAGGUCACUAUUGGGGGAUAAUAUAUAUUGAUCCUUGGCGUGGAGGGGAGGGAUAGCAAUGGCACGACGCCAGAAUAUAAAAUGUUGAGCAUAUUUUCGCACUUGACCUAGAGUCAAGAUGUUGCUUUGACCAACUUGGUAGAAUCUAUAGACAUGUUGAGCUAAGUGAAGGGCCGGGAUCAGAUGUAGUGAGUCACAUACGAUUGUGUUGGCUUUGACAGCCGUACAAACUCAACCAUUGAGGCUGUAGUUGGGUCUGGGUCAGCUUGGAGCUCGGCGAUGAUUUUCUUUUCAUCAUCAGUGAGCAGUAGAGCAAAGUUGCGAUCAAGAAAGCCAGGCUCCUCGAGGGC